ACCAACAGAAAAAGAAAAGAGUGAAGAAAGAAACAAAGCAAAGAAAGCAAAGAGAAAGAAGACACUUUGAAGCACCCUUUGAGGUUCUGAGGUCAAUUCUCUGCAAGUUCAAGCUCAAUGGAUCAAGGCUACUUCAGGAGGAGUCAUCAAGUUCCUGCUUUUGGGAGCUGGGAUUGGAACCAAGACCUUCCUUUCACUCAGUGCUUUGAGUCUGCACGACAAGCUGGGUUUCUGCGCUACACUACUUACUCUGAUGAACAUGAUCAGGAUAGGGAUUUGUAUGUCACCGGGGAUUUGUACCAGAACGACAUCGUCACUCCCGCCAUGAUCGUUGUUCCUCGCAGAAGGAACAAGAUGCGUCAACCGCAAGUGAAAGUAGCAAAAGAGGAGAGUUGGGUCAUGGGUGAUGUGAAGGAGCCACCAAGCCCACCUCCAAGGUCCAGGCCCAAUCCCAAGCCUGUGGAUGAAGAUUUAUACAAAAUCUCACCAGAACUACUCUAUGCUAAAGCCAAGAAGAAGAGAGGGUUGGGUUUCUUUUCAAGCUGCUUGCUGCCAACAUGUGUUGCAUGAAUCAAUGAGCAAGUUUAUGUGAGACUUAGUGAAUAUAAGACUUAAUAUGAGGAAAAAGUAAACUUGAUAUGUGUUCAACUUUGAGAUUGUGAGCAUAUGUAAUAUAUUUUGGUCCCAAAAUUCCUAUAAUCCUUCAUGUGGAUUGUGAGGAGAGACUAGUUCAUAUUAUUAGGCUUCUUAGCUUCUCUUUUGGCAAUGGAUUGGAAAUGUAUAACUUUAUAAAUCUAUGGAUCUUUAUAUUCAUCAAUGUGAUUGG